GGCAGUCUUGCUGUCAUCCGGUGGAAGUGUCUCUCGACCCGCAGAGUCAAGAACAUGGCGGCGCUCCGUGUGGUGAUGUUCUCCGGCACCGGGAGAACCAUCCUCAACACAUCCAAAUCCUUUCAUACUCCUCGGGCCAACAUGUCGUUUGCUAGCCUGCCGAAGGGGAAGAAGAUCGCCCUGACCACAAUUGGGGUUCUGACGACAGGAGGAGCGAGUCUGGCUCUAUUGCUGCAACAGUCGGUUAAAGCCUCAGAUUUGGAGCUGCACCCACCUUCAUACCCCUGGAGCCACAAUGGCAUGCUGUCCUCCCUCGACCAUGCCAGUAUUCGUCGUGGGUACCAAGUAUAUAAGCAGGUGUGCUCGGCCUGCCACAGUAUGGAGUACCUGGCCUUCCGUAACUUGGUGGGAGUUUCACACACAGAGGCAGAGGUCAAAUCUUUAGCUGAGGAGAUUGAAGUUGUGGAUGGUCCUGAUGAGACAGGAGAGAUGUUCACUCGACCUGGAAAGCUCUCCGAUUAUUUCCCCAAACCCUACCCGAACCCUGAGGCUGCCCGUGCUGCCAACAACGGAGCUCUGCCCCCUGACCUCAGCUAUAUCAUCAAUGCUAGGCAUGGAGGUGAAGAUUAUGUGUUCUCUCUUCUGACUGGUUACUGUGAUCCUCCGGCUGGUGUAUCUGUUAGAGAGGGGCUUUAUUACAACCCCUAUUUCCCGGGCCAGGCCAUUGGAAUGGCACCACCUAUCUACAAUGAGGUGCUAGAGUAUGAUGAUGGAACACCUGCCACCAUGAGCCAGGUUGCUAAAGAUGUCUGCACCUUCCUGAGGUGGGCUGCGGAACCAGAACAUGAUCAACGCAAACGAAUGGGACUGAAGCUAUUGAUGGGCGCUUCCAUCCUUAUUCCCUUGGUCUACUACAUGAAGAGGCACAGGUGGUCUGUGCUCAAGAGCAGAAAGAUCGCCUACAGGCCUCCCAAAUAACGCCAAACCGCUGCCUUCAUCAGGCCUUGACACAACGUAACAACCUGACUGACGAUUGUCCAAUCUGUUUCAGAGUGCUUGAUGCACCAAGAUACGGUUGCUUUAAUGAAAGUAAAAAAAUGACGGACAUCCUAUCAAUUUGGUGUCCUUCCUCCUAAAUGACUUGGGGAGUGGGACCUGAGACAACCUUUAUGUUUUACUGUAAAAUAAAUAUUAUCUGAAUGAAAUAUUUGUGGUUGUUUGCAAGGUGAUCUGUUGAAGGGAAAAGUCAAAGAACUGUCUUUACAGUAGAUUCUCUACACUUUGUUGUGUAAAUAUUUAAUAAAACUGGUACACCCUAAUUAAACCCUUAAGAAAUCGUA